UUUCCUUUAGUUAGUUAACUUAGCAUGAAGCUAAGCUAAUCGUCCAUCAUCAUCAUCAUCAUCAACAACAACAACAACAGCGGCGGGGAGUUGUUGACCUCAGUGACGGGCUCCUUGUUCACUUCUGCGGGCUCUGAUGCGCCCACACCGCGGUGUGUAGCCUGUAUCUCUCCGGUGUUACGGUGAAAGUGAGGCGGGUGUCAGCAUGGCGGAGGGAGCUGACGCCGCGAAGAGGAAGCCAGCGGCGGGGACGAAGAGCCGACAGAGCCAGCCGAAGAGGAGCUGCAGCAGCCGGGUGAGUCUGGAGAAGGUUCUGGGGAUCAGCACAGCCAGCAGCAGCGGCCUGACCUCUGACCCCAGGUCUGGGCUCAUCGCAUAUCCUGCAGGGUGUGUCAUCGUCCUGCUUCACCCGAAGACCAACAAACAGAGACACAUCGUCAACACGUCCAGGAAGCCCUUCAGCGCUCUGUCCUUCUCUCAUGACGGGAAACACCUGGUCACUGGUGAGAGUGGUCACAUGCCCUGUGUGCGGGUGUGGGAGGUGGACGGGGGUCAGGUGGCCGAGGUUCAGUCUCAUAAAUACGGCGUUUCCUGCGUGGCGUUCUCUGCCAACAGCAGCUACAUCGUCUCCGUGGGAUACCAACACGACAUGACCGUCAGCGUGUGGGACUGGAGGAAAGGUUCCAUCAUCGCGUUCAACAAAGUGUCCAGCAGAGUCUUGGCUGUCUCCCUCUCUCAGGACAACAGCUACUUCGUCACCGCAGGAAACAGACAUGUCAAGUUCUGGUACCUGGACGCCUCCAAAGAACGACGGGUGAACAGCACGGUGCCACUGAUUGGACGGUCAGCAUUAUUAGGCGACUUUAAAGACAACUUGUUCAGCGGGGUGGCGUGUGGGCGUGGCCCCAUGGCGUCUAACACCUACUGCAUCACCAGCUCAGGUGUGCUGUGUCGGUUCAACAGCCGCCGGGAGCUGGAGGCCUGGGUCGACCUCAAGACGUCCUCAGCGAGCUGUCUGGCGGUCAGUGAGGACUUGAUGUUCUGUGGUUGUGCUGACGGAGCCGUCAGAGUGUUCAGUCCGUCUAAGAUGUUGUACAUCACCACGCUGUACUGCCCGCACCGCCUGGGCGUCGACCUCACCCAGAGUGUACAGCACAGUCCAGGUGCUCAGUACCCCAACACGCUGGCUCUGACCUUUGACCCCAUCGCCAGACACCUGACCUGUGUGUACAAUGACCACAGUUUGUACGUGUGGGACGUCGGAGACGUGAGGAACGCCGGGAAGCUGUACUCUGCUCUGUACCACAGCAGCUGUGUGUGGAGCGUUGAAGUGUAUCCCGAGCUGUCAGAUGUCUCUCAGGCCUGUCUGCCUCCAUCCUCCUUCCUCACCUGUUCAUCUGAUAACACCAUCAGGAUGUGGAACACUGACCCCCCCACUGCACACAGGAACCUCUACAGCAAUGACCUGUUGAGGAUUCUGUAUGUGGAGGAGGACGUGCAGGCCGAGGGGGAGAGGGGGGAGAGGGGGAAGGCAGCAGGGGCUGAUGGGAAGUCAGGGAUCAGAGUGCUGGGUGUCAGUCCUGAUGGACAACACCUGGCAGCUGGAGACCGCUGUGGAAAUGUGCGGAUCUUUGGUUUGGAGUUUCUGGAUGAGCUGGUGAAGAUUGAGGCUCAUGACUCUGAGGUGUUGUGUCUUGAGUUCUCCCCGGCAUCCACAGGUGUGAAGCUGUUGGCAUCAGCCAGCAAGGAUCGACUAAUCCACGUCUUCAACCUGGAGAAGAACUACAGUCUGGAACAGACUCUGAACGACCACUCAGCCUCCAUCACUGCUGUCAAGUUCACCGGUGAGAGUCCAGAGGUCCGAAUGGUGAGCUGUGGAGCCGACAAAAGCAUCUACUUCCAGACAGCUGAGCAGACGGCGGAGGGUCUGGAGUUCUCCAGGAGUCACCACGUGGUGGAGAAGACGAUGCUGUACGACAUGGACCUGGACUCAUCAAGGACGCACGUCGCCAUCGCCUGUCAGGACCGAAAUGUCAGGGUUUACAGCGUGGAAAUGGGGAAACUGAAGAAGUGUUUGAAAGGCUCGUCCAAUGACAAAGGAGCUCUGCUGAAGCUUCAGAUGGAUCCGUCAGGGUCGUUCUUCGCCACGAGCUGCUCUGAUAAAAGCAUCACCAUCUUUGACUACGAGUCAGGAGAGUGUGUCUCCACACUGUCUGGACACUCUGAGAUCGUCACCUGCAUGAGGUUCACUCAGGACUGCAGACACCUCAUCACCGUGUCCGGAGACAGUUGUGUGUUUGUGUGGAGGUUGGACUCUCAGAUGACCAGCACCAUGAGGAAGAGGCGGGGCCUCAGACUGACCACCGCACCUGAAACCUGCAGCCUCAGACCGCAGAACAUCAGGAGGGAGACCUUCAUCACUGGACCCUCGUCUCAGCUGCCUGAGGAGGAGGAGGAGGAGGAGGAGGAGGAGGAGGGGGUCCAGGGGAGUCCAGACAGACUAGACUCUGCUCUAUGUGAGGAGGAGGAGGAGGAGGAGGGGGACCUGGGGAGUCCAGACAGACUGGACUCUGCUCUAUAUGCUCCGCCUCUUCAGAGCAACGGGAAACUUCCCAUGUGGUUCAGAAAGCUGCAGGGUCAGGGCGGAGCCUCUUCUGCCAUCCAAUCAGGAACUGAGCCUCGCCAGGUGCGGAGUCGGUGGGCGGAGCACCCAAGCCCCCUGAUCAUCUGCUCCAACUUCUCCCCGAGUCCCACCAAGAGUCAGGAGGAAGAGGAGGAGGAGGAGCAGAGGGAGGAGGAGGAGGAAGACUUCCACCCUCAGAGGCUGGAGAAUCUGCUGGGAGAGGAGGAGCAGGUGCUGCAGAAUCCAGGUGAGAACAGGAGCAGCUACAUCAUCUACCCCAGCACCACCGACACCAACAGCACCACCGACACCUCGGCUGACAGGGAGUUUGAUGUGGAGCUCGUGGCCGAGCGCUCUCUGACCCAGCUGGAGGUCAAAGGUCAGAGGGUGGAGCCAGUGUGGAGCACUCAGCUGGGUCCAGACUCCGCCUGCUCUGAAGACUCAGCAGGAAGUCUGGAGCAGCAGCACGACACCGACACAGACUCUCUGAGUCAGGCCAGCUCUGUGGGCAGUUUGGGUCUGGAGGAUGACGAGGACAGAAACUCUGUGAAGAACCACUUUGACACUCUGGCGUCCAGUCUGACUGACGAGAAGUUCGAGGCCGACCUGAGGACGCUGCAGCCAUCAGAGGACAAACACUACCUGAACCCUCGACUCAGCAUCUCCACCCGCUUCCUGUCUCGCUUCCAGGACAGAAUCAGGCCAGUCUACCCACAAUCCUCAGGGACUCUGACAGACAGGGCGUGGCCCAGCCAGGCUCCGCCUCCUGUGUCAAUCCCAGCGAGCAUCUCAGAGGAGAGUAACGUCAGCAGCACGUCGGUGAGCUCUGAGUUGAGUUGUGACGUCGCCUCGUCCCAGGAUGAAAACAGCAGUGGUGGUUCAGGUGAUGGGAAAGAGACGCUCGGUCUGCAGCACUGUCAGCAGGUCGCCAACGAGCUGAGAGAGGCGGCGAGACGAGCCGUAGAUCUCUACCAACAGCUCAGCGUGUCGGCCGGUGCUUCGGAGCAGCAUCUUCAGAUGUCGUCCAUCCUGCAGGGAGCGUUUGAUGUUGUUCACUCCGAGCUGCAGGCGGUGCUGCCGGGAGGAGACGGGUGGGGCAGCAGCGCCCCCUCUGGUUGACUGGAGGAUGAGGUGUCUGCUGAGGGAAUACCCUGAUCUGCCGGUCCAGUUUGCCCAGAACAAACUGAACCGGAUCUGAACCAGGACCAGUCACUCCGCUGCUGUCGGUACGGAGGCUGAAAGGGGACAAAUUUCACUUCACCAUCAGCCCCAGUGACUUUAUCAACAUCAGUAUUAAAUUUAAUGCACCUUAUGUUUGUUUAUGUGGCAGCAAAAUGUGUUUUUGACCACGAUCACUGUUUGUACAUAAAGUGUAAUUUUAUGUUUCUAUAUAAUAAAUGUUUGUGUUUUACAGA